AUGGCUCCUGGUGGUUUUGAUGGCGCAGGGGUGCUACACUAUUCGAAUUCCCCUGCACCAGUUAAUGGUCCUAUACCGGGAGGUCCGGAUCCAUCUGAUCUGGAUUCUUCUGUCAAUCAAGCUCGAUCUAUCAGGUGGAACCUGACAGCAGGUGCUGCAAGGCUUAACCGGCAAGGAGCUUUCAAUGUAACAAACAUCACCUUGUCUCAAACCUUCAUCAUAGACAGAUCAAUGGCAGAAAUUGAAGGUUCACAACGCUAUGCUGUCAACAAUGUGUCAUACUACACCUUAAACACCCCAUUAAAACUGGCAGAUCACGUCGUCAACGGCUCCGGUGUCUACCAACUGGAUUGGUUUCCAGUUGAUUCUGUCAAUGCUGAGGCUGCUUAUGGAGUUUCUGUAGUUACUGGAAUUCACAAAGCGUGGAUAGAACUUGUCUUUGUAAAUAGUUUGAACACUAUAGAUGCUUGGCAAUUAGAUGGUUUCGGCUUCUAUGUUGUUGGAUUUGGCAAUGGAUUUUGGGGACCUGAAGCUCGCAAAGAUUACAACAUUUUCGAUCCAGUUGUUCGGUCAACCGUGCACGGGUACCCCAACAGAUGGACUGCUGUUUAUGCAUUCCUUGACAAUCCUGGAAUGCGGAACCGCAGGUAUUUUUGCUCCGGACCUGACUCUGAAUCUCCAGCCAGCGAACCCGUUCCUGUUCCAUCUGCAUGA